GAGCUCAGCUGGCGCUAAGGCUGAAGUAAAUUCCGACAGACUGACUGCAGGUGAGGUUGGGCCCUCUCUCAGAGACCACAGGAGGCCUGGGGAAGGCAAUACAGGUUUACAAGAACUUGGAGUCUUCGGCCCAACCUCAGGAGAACUACAACUCCCAAGAUUCUACGCAGUUUGGCCUAUCAGUUUUCACCUACCGGGACAGCACCUUUGGAAAUGUUCCCCAAGGUGGACAACCCUUUGGGCCAUCAAGAAGCCAGAACUGGAGCCGCAAGAUCUCAAAGGCCACAAGCUCCCCAGGUCACAGCAGCCAGUUCUGCUGGGCUGUCUGAGGAGUCCUGGCCAUCCAGUUCAGGGACCCCUUCCCCACCCAGUAUCACCGAGGGACAAAGUUCCUCUCCACCCAUCACCUUAACUGACAACGAGGACUCAGUGGUGGCCAAGUACAUAAACAGGUUCCGCCAAGCUCAGCCCACGAGCCGAGAGGACCGCCAGCCUGCAGGCCCGACCCCAGCUGACUUUUGGUGGCUGCAGCCUUCGUCAGACCUCAGCAGUCCCCUUGCAGCAGGAGCUGAUGAACCUACAGGAGGAUCUGCCAUGUCAGGCCCAUCUCUCACUGGGAUGUCUAGUACAUCUUUGGCUUCUGCACCUCUUCAGAAAAUAAAGCAGAGUCUGAACUCAUGGAACUCGUCCCUGCUGGAUCUGGAGACACUGAGCCUACAAAGCCGGGCAGCCAGGCUGCUGAAGCGCAGCAAGGCCUCCCUCUCCUCCUCCCUCAGUCCCAACGAUGCCAGCGGCUCCUCCUUCCCCAUCAGCUCCGAUGGCCUCUCUCCCUGCUCUGUGACCUUCAAUCCAGACUCCAACAAGAGUUCUAGUCCCAAAGAUACUGUGCUGGGAGUCGCUCCAGUAGCAUCCCAGGUCAUCCCAGCACCCCGCCCAGCCUCCUCCCAGGCAACCCUUCAGCCUGAGGAAGACAUUUUAUACCAAUGGCGACAGCGGAGGAAACUUGAGCAGUCUCUACAAGGUGCAGGUGACGGGACCUGGGUGUCGCCUCGGACGCCAACCCUCACCACCACUCAGACUCCUCCUGUCUCUGCAGUGAAUCUUAGUUCCCAGGGGACCCAGCCUAACUGUGCUCCGCCAUGGGGCGGUGUGGCCCAGCCUCCUCCCCCACAGGCCUACUACGUGGAGAGGCCACCUCUUUCAGGGCCCUCCCCUCACAUCUGGGCCCCCGGCCCCCACGGAGUUCUCUGGGCCCCACAGGCCAAUCCCUGGGUACCUCUUGGGAUGCUUCCUACUCCCCUGCUAACCUCUACCCUUGCUCCCUUGGCCUCCUUUCCUGUACCAUCUACCUCCACUUCAACUGCCACAGCCCCAACCCCUGCUUCCCAGGUCUCCAUCCCAGGGCCCCCAGCCUCUGCUCCACCUUCCUGCGCUUCCACCACCACUUCCACCCUCCCACUACCUGACAUCCCUCAGGGACCAACCACCCUUGAGCUGAGUAGCUCUGUCCAGCCCAAGAAGCUGGGCCCCAAGCCUCGGAGGGGGAGCACUUCCUCUCAUCAGGAGACUACUGGACCAGACACUGCAGCUUUCGAGAGUCCCUGUUCCCAGCUCAGGGGGGUCCUGGGCCAGGUAGUGACAGCUCGGCUAUUCCCCGACAGCCUGGAGGAUACACCUCCAUCUGAGGCACAUUCCCAGAAAGUCAGGGCCACCCUGCCUCAAGCCAAAGUUCCGCCCCCUCCAUCCGAGUCUCGGCGUGGGCCCAAGACAGAGUCCCGCAAAAGUAAAGUCACCCUCUCAGCUGAAGCUGGGGAUCCACAGCCGGCUACAGCCCCAAAGGCAUCCACACUGUCAGAGGUCCAAUCACUUGAAUUCAAGACGUCUGCACCCAAGACCGGAGCUGGUGUCUCCUUGACCGUGGCCCCACCUGCCUCAAGCCACGCCCCUUCUGAGGACUUGCUGUCCCAGGCCGCUAGACUUAUGCAGGCAGCUGAAGACUCUGAUGGCAGUGAGUUUCAGGAAGACCCUGUGUUACGGGUGCUAAGGGCUCAGAGGGCAGAGCUCCGGCAGCAGAAAAGGAAAGUGGAUGCCCAAUUAUCCCUCCUCUUGGACCGCACUGAGGACCCAGAAUCUUCAUCUCCAGCCAGGUCACCUUCCAGGUCCCCGAAAAUGCGGUUAAGGAGGGAAGGAGCUUCCCUUGAGGCCAGACGACUUUGAAUUAGAAAAGUUCUGUUUUUCCUGGGCUAAGGAGAUGGCUCAGUGGGCAAAGAACUUGUAAGUGUGAAGACUCGAGUUUAGAUCUCCAGAACCCACAUAAAGAUAGCUGACAGGCCAACUGGCUCAUGGAAACGGGGUCUCAAACAAGGUGGAAGGCAAAGAUCAAUCUGUGGGGGGCGCGCUCGCACACACAGUAUAAAUAAA